GUCACAACACUCAGCACAUUAGACCCUUGCAGAAGGAGUCUGUGUCAAAACAAGUGCUGCUGUAACCAAAUAAAAUAUCCAGCACCCUACCUCUAUCACCUUUCUGUAACCUAGUAUGAUAUACACCGUAUGCACUCAGUGAUUUAACAGUAUUCGAAAUCCAGCUCUACUGGAAAACAAAGUUUGUAGGAAACUAAUCCAACAGGGGAAGUCCGCUUCACUCUUUGGCUCUAAGGUCAAGAACUUGCUGAGAGUUCGACUUGACGGGGAAACAACAGGAAUUACAAAAAUGACUGAAAGAAAAGAAAAAAAGAGAAUCUGUUCAGAGAAGAGAAGAGAAAAAUCACGAGAUGCAGCACGCUAUCGGCGGAGCAGAGAAAGUGAGAUGUUCCUACAGCUGGCCGAAGAACUUCCCCUUCCUCUCAGUCUAACCUCACACCUGGAUAAGGCCUCCAUUAUGCGGCUUGUCAUCAGCUUCCUCCGCCUCCAAAAUCUUAUUGCUACAGAUAAGAAUGAUAAAUGUAAUGACAUUCCUAGCCAACUGAGUCUUCUGUUUCAAGCUCUGGAUGGCUUUCUCAUGGUGGUUUUCCAAACAGGAGAGAUAAUUUUCCUUUCUGAAAAUGUCACUAAACACUUGGGUCCCCCACAGAUGGAACUAAUUGGACAAAGCCUGUUUGACCUGAUUCACCCAUGUGACCAUGAAGAGAUACGAGAAAUUCUUCAUUUUAAAAAUGACACCGCAAAGAGAAAAGCUGGAAAUGAAAAUGACUUCUUCAUACGGAUGAAAUGCACCUUAACAAGUCAAGGAAAGACAGUGAACCUCAAGUCAGCAUCCUGGAAGGUGAUGCACUGUAUGGGAAAAAUAAAGCUGCUCCCAUCAUUUCAAGGCACCAUGAAAGGUUGUUGGGGAUGUUUGGUCCUUCUUUGUGAACCAAUUCCUUUUCCAAAUGACUUGGAGGCAACUUUAAACAACAAGAUGCUCCUGACACGCCAUAGCAUGGACAUGAAAUUCACCUUCUGUGACAAAAGUGUGAAAGAUGUCAUUGGAUAUGAGGAGAAGGAGCUGCUCGGGCAUUCUGUCUACGGAUACUACCAUGCGCUGGAUGUGAACCACAUCAAGAAAAGUCAUCACAACUUAUUCACCAAAGGUCAAGUGUCAACGAGGCAGUAUCGGAUGCUGGCCAAACACGGGGGUUACAUCUGGAUGCAGACUGAUGCCACAGUGAUCUACAGUGGCUGCAAUACUCAGCCACAUUGUGUCAUCUGCAUGAACUAUAUCCUCAGUGGUCCAAUGGAGACAGAUUUGAUACUGUCCAUUGAACAAGCAGCUCAUCUUCCUGUGUCAUCCCCAUCAAAGAACACCAAAGACACACUUCUGGUGGAAGAAAAUCAUUUGCCUUGUGAAAAGCUGCAAAAGAAAUCAGUGGAUCAAACAAAAAUGGUAUCGACUCCCAGAGACACCAUCACAUCCCAAAGUUUCAGUCAAGGAGAGGUGCUACGAAGGUAUGACCAUGGACAGCAGUACACAGAUAAUAUGCAUCACCUCCUAAAACCAUUGUAUGCAGAUGAAGCUGAAAUUCAGUAUCAAAGGAGAACAGACGCCAAUGCUACCAACAAAGUCCUGAAGUCAGAAGUGACAAAUCCUGGCUAUGCUGCCCAUCCAGUAAUACAGUAUAGUGCGAACAACUGUUGCCGACCUAGUCAUAAUCUCAGCAGCAGCAGCACUGCUAACAGGAAUGAUGCCAUUAAAGUCAAGGAGAAAUAUGCUGUCCCAGGAGAGUACUCACCCCAGCUGGAGAUGAUUGAGAAACUAUUUGCCUCUGAUAUUGAAUCACAAUCUCAGGCUGUCUGUGCCAUGCAGGGAGAUAAUGAUUUAGAUCUGGACACUCUGGCACCAUAUAUCCCAAUGGAUGGUGAAGAUUUUGAGUUGACUCCUAUCACUGAGGAACAUAUGCUUCAUGAGAGAAAUGGAAGCAACUUUCAGGAUCCCCUCAGUAGUUCUGAAUACUAUAAGCCAACAAUGAUGUCAUCAGUGACUCAACCACAACUUCAUCCAUCAAUGGAAAAGGUCUUUACUCCCCAGAAAAAGACAGACUUCAUAAAGCAGUCACUCCCGCUAGAGCAAAUGUCAUGUAAUUGCUGGAGAGCUGAAAAGAAUGCAACAGGAGCGCAUCCAUACUACAGAGGCCAAGGAGUGCCAACUCCUAGCCAGGGUGGCCAGCCUGCAGUACUCUGGCCACCAGAUUCUACAUUCAAAAAUGCCACAAAGCAGCCAGCAUCUGGAGACUGGUCUUUCCCACCAUGUGGACACACACCACAGCAAUACUUCCCAUAUAUACAAAAAGCAAGGUAUAAUGCUGUCUGGCACCCUUGUCAGUAUAAAGGACCUCCUGGGCCAUUUCUUGUCAACAGCUUCAAGAGGAAGCAUGAGACACAAUUCCCAUCUCUGCAGCAACAGGGGCUCAGUGAGUGCCUGCGUGAUGUCAGUGCUUCGCCACCUCCCUUCAGGAAGAAUAAGAGAAUACAUUCUUCAUCUAAUAGAGAGAAUGGAAAGCACUCACAAGUAGAGGAAGACUAUAGCUGGCCAAAAUCAGAUGGUAUAACCUUUCUACUGGCUCCAGCUCCUGACAUCAGUAAUCUGCCAGUUCUGAACAACCUGGACUGUGAGGUAAACGCCCCUUUGCAGGGAUUAACCAGACUUCUCCAAGGGAGAGAGUUACUAUGGGUCCUGGACGAGGCCUCCAGGGUCAUGCCAGCAACUACAGCCAGUGGCCUUUCUGAGAGAUGCUAAGCAAAGGCACCACCCAGAACAAAGGGACAUAAAAUUAAUUAUGCAAGCACCUUCUAAACUGCAGAUGUAGCCAUUUCUAUUGCACUUUUGCUUUAAAUGAAUCUGUAUUCAAGUGUUUUUGAAAACUGAAGUAUUGUCAGUAAUGAGAACUGAAAUCGGAGUCCACAUGUAAAAUGUCGUUAGCUAUAUGUGUAUCUAUUUUACUAUACAGCAUAGUCCUGACCUUACAGGCCAAAUUCCUGAUGAAGCUGUAAUAAGACAAUUUACUUAAUUAUUUAAGUGUGGUGUUUAUAUUAUGUAAGGUAUAAACAGCUAGAAAUCCUAAGCUAAAACAGUAUAGUUCCUUUUGCUCAGAGGCACAUGUAAGGUAGAGCAGGCUAUUAGAUAAAUGAAGUAUAUAUCUUUCCAUCAGCAUGGAUUCUAGGUAUAACAAACAGUACAGAGGAUCCAAAAGGAGUGCAGAAUUAUUUCUAGGAUGGCACUGUCACAUAUAACAGAAAAUAAAAAUGAUUUAAUCAUUGUAGCUGUUCUGUCAUGAAGUGUCACAUAAAAGUAUGGAAGACAUAAACUACGUUUUAAAAGUAUACAAAAUUAGAAGUGCCACUAAGAAAGGAAAAGGAGCUCCUGAAAGCAUUUGUUUGUCUUGCUCAUUUUAUUAAAUAAAGAUCAGAAAGAAA